AUGGUUUCAGAAAAAGAAGAACCGGAAACCGAUUGGGGAUCACCGCAGGAGUCUGAUCCUCCAACCUCUCCAGAAGAGCCGAAACAUGAAACAUCACAGUCCCUUUUUAAUGAUGCAGCGAACCAGAGCUUCACUUAUUCUGCAGAAGAAAUGGGUGUAAGCUUGGCGUCUCUACAGAGCCAGUCAAUCGGGAGCAACAACUUCAAGGGUGUCCAGUUUGAGCUACAGGAGGUAGUUGCAGAGCUAGUCGAAGCAGAGUCCAACAAUGAGUCGGCCGGUUCGAUUGAUUGGGAGCAGAUUGGACGAGAUGGUCGUAACAGUUUUACCAAGAGCACUUUGACUCUAUACAAUCUCUGUUGGUGGCUAUUCAAGUGGCCAAUCCUUCUCAUCAGUUAUCUAUUAGGUGCCUUGGGGUGUAAGCGAUUGUUGGGCUUAGAUGAGCCCGAUGUUGCUCCUGGGCCUCUAGCAGUGCAGGCCGCUCCGGCAGUCCAAGGAGCAACACUUGCUACUGCAACUGCUGUGGCAAUGGCAGCUGGCAUUGCCAUCACUGCGGCAGUGGUGGCCACUAGGACUCCCGGUGCAAUCCCACCAGCUGACAUCUACUCCAGACCUUUCUGCAACAGCUCCUCUGCUGAUGAUUAUGAGGUCAAGACGGGCAUUACACGCAUAGUUGUGCAGAACGUUACUCCCGAGGAGGUCAAUGCCAACAAAGACAACCUGGAAGAGGCAUUCCGUGACAUCUUCAAUAACCAGACUGAUGGAUGUGAUGAUGAAUAUGAUCGUUUCAUGCUGGGCAAUGAACUGUUAGAGGCAGAAAAUAUCACAGCAGGAGACAUCCCUUUGACACUCACCAUCUGGGAAUCCAAUGUCAGCUGCAACGGCUGCCCAGAUAACAACCCCCUCUUUGAUGAGGGUCCAACUAGAGGUCCUCCGAACGAGGCAAACGACGAUACAGAAAUCAAUCUAAGGUUCCAUGAUUUGGUUACUCGAAUGUCACCGGAGAUUGCCGCUACCAUCGAUGACACCUCUAAGAAAGUGGAUGGUCCUACCCUAACCCACCCACAACAAUCCACACCCAAGACACGGAAUACUCCCAUUGUGUAUAUUGAUGCUGUAGAUCCAAACAACCCAGAUGUGAUUGUUGAAAGCCAUGGAAUCAUGCCAGAUGGGAUGAUUGACAGCCAAGGAACUAUGCCAGAGAAGAUGGAGGUUCCCAGCAAGGCGAUUCCUCCCAUUACAAGCAAUAUUCCAGAAAACAGUGGUAGAGGCAAUGAAACAGCGCCGAAUGACCAGGAAACCUCAGUUGCUACUCAUGAGGACCAGCCUCCUGCUACAACUGCAAACAUUUCGGCCCCAUCAACUCCAAACCUGAACAAUAGCCAAGAUAACCAGGCACCAUCAACCAAAGACAGAGACGACAACCAGGCCCCAUCAGCUUCAAAUGGGAACCAUGAAAACAACCCAAGUAGUACACCCACAACCAGCAACAACCCAGGCAACCAGGCUCCAUCCACCUCAAAUGACAAUAGCACAGAAGCACCUUCCAUCACCAAUGAUAACAACCAAGCUCCAUCAACCGCAAAUGCCAGCAGUCAAGCCCCGGCUUCCCAAAACAACAACUAUACAUCACCAACAGAUGCCAGCGGGUCCACACCUUCUUCCACCACUGCUUUUCCUAGUAAUCAGAUGGGAAACAUACCUCUCUCGCCUGCAGCAUCUACCAAUGUGGCGCCUGGUGAAAACCAACAAAGUCCAACAGUUCAGUCUGGAUUUGGUAGUCCUCCUGGUCCAGAUAUGACUACCAAUGUCCCUGCUGCUGCCAUUCCAACUAUAGGCGGCCCUCCAAGUGGAUCUACUGGACCUAUUGAGGUUUCCAUUUUGGCAACAAAUAGACCCACAAUAAUACUUCCAAGUGCCCCAGCUACACCCACAGGUAUCGAGAAACAAACUCUGUCUCCCUCAGCAGUUGAAAUUCUCAAAUCAUUUUCCAACAACAAUGGCAAUGCUCCUACAGUCUUGCCACCAAUACCUGGGACUGCAACACCUCAGCCCACACUCACACCCACCGUUGAGUCUACCCUUGCGCCAUCACCACAACCCACUUAUGAGCCUACACAACUACCCAGCCCACCCCUGAACCAACCAAUGAACCAACCCCGGAGCGUACACAAGAACCAACAGAUGAUCCCACAGGCAGAAUAG